CGAACUCUCUCUCUCUUUCUUUUUCUCUUUCUCUCUCUCUCUCUCUCUCUCUCUCUCUCUCUCUCUCAACGUACAUAUGUAUCUCAAAAAAGGAUAAGAAAAAGGUAAAGGAAAAGAAAAUAAAAGAAAUAAAGAAAGAGAAAAAGAAAACGAGAAAGAGAGACAGACAGACACACAGAGAGAGAGAGAGAGAAAGUUUCAUUUUCUCCAUUACGCUUUCGAUCUUUGGGUGGGGAAAAUCAAUAGGAAAACCGAGUUCGAUAGGCGAGCAUGGCUCGUACAACGUACGACAGAUAAAACGCUUGUUAUUAUUUUUGAAUCUAUUUCUAUGCCAGUAACAUAUGUGUGCCCUCGAAUCGCAAUACGUGAACAACGAAGACGAUGUUACGAGAAGAAGAGUUAUUGUCGACGUUGACGAGGACUCCAUGGCGAAAGAAGAAGUGAUUCCGAAAUGUGUUUCAAAACAUUUUGACUCGAUGAAGAAAACAUGUUAGAGUUACGAAAGAUUGUCUUUGCUUCUUGACAUCCGUUCGAGAAAAAAAAAACGUUCGACCCUCGAUAUUUACUGGGAAUUGUCCUCGAAUAUGAUGUUUCGACGGUGGUUGUACCCUUUCUUCUCCCUUUGCAUCUGCAUUCUAUUGCAGCUGGAUUGUGUCGAAUCUACUCACAUAACUGGCACAUUCAACGCGAAAGAGUUCUUCCGUUUUCUCAUUAAAUUUGGCUUCCAAAAAACUGAUCGUCACAGGCAGAAGGAUACAUCUGGAUAUAUAUUUGGAAACAUCACGAGCAAAAUGAACUUUUCUGUGCCGAUUACAUUGGCCGUUCUUGAUCGGAGUCAUUUUUUAGAGUACUAUGGUAAUAGGACUGUAAUAGAUAAAAAUAUUGCGUGUACUCUAAUGUUUAAUACUCUGAAUCAGAGUUCUUACGAUCCGAACUGUAACGACGAAGGUCAAGAUUUUCUAAGGCGAAUACCUUGCCCUAGAGGAAAAUUAUGUCAAGACGAAGACUCUAUAUGGAAUAUUGUAAAGGGACAUCAAUUCACUUAUGUUAUACAGGACUUUUGGCAACCACGUUUCUGGUAUAUGAGUAUAGUAGCAUGUUAUAGAAAUGCAACAACAUGCCAGUGGGAAUAUUAUGACAAGCAUGACAUAUUAGAGUAUGAUAUAUGGCUAGUAAAUGGCAAUCCUAAUACUAGUGGCCUGAACAGCCUUACGUAUCAGUUCUCCUAUGACAGGCAGAAUACUAUAGAACUAUAUUUACUAUUCUUUGUGUGCUAUAUUAUAUUAGUUCCGCUGCAAUUAUAUGCAGCAAGAUUACAAAAACACCCUGUGACACGAUUAUUUACGGCUAGCUUAUUAUUAGAGUUUGUUGCAGUGUGUUUAAUUUUAAUACACGUGUUAAAAUUUUCUCUCGAUGGAGUUGGCUACGAACAAUUAGAAGUUGCCGGCGAUAUUUUUGAUAUUCUCUCAAGGGCAUCAUUUAUGUUACUUCUACUUUUACUUGCCAAAGGAUGGGCUGUAACUCGAAUGGAAUUAACAUGGAAGCCUCUAGUUUUUGCUAUAUGGCUAUGUUAUGGAGUAGUACACAUUCUGCUGUAUGUUUGGAACAUGACUGAAGUUGACAUAGUUGAAGACAUCGACGAAUACCAGACUUGGCCAGGUUGGUUCAUUCUUUUAUUCCGAAGUGCUAUAAUGAUCUGGUUUUUAUAUGAACUUCGAAAUACUAUGACGUACGAACAUAAUACUCAAAAAUUGAAUUUUCUUCUUCACUUCGGUGCAUCUUCACUAGUUUGGUUUAUUUAUUUACCAAUAAUAGCUCUUAUAGCACUUCAAGUGAGUGCUCUUUGGAGGUUUAAAUUGUUGUUAGGUAUAACAUACUCUGCUGAUUGUUUUGCUUAUUGUGUAAUGGCACAUUUAUUAUGGCCAACGCGAAGUGAACAGUACUUUUUACUCGCUCAAGGUGGAGAUAAUGGUGAUGAACUUGAUGAAUUCAAUGAAGCACCUCAUGUACUGAAUAAUUAUGUGGAACCAGAACUCAGUAAAAUUAUCACUUAAUAUUAAAAUCUAAAUGGGGUAAAAUAUUGAAGAGUAACGUUCAAAAUGUGAUGUAUAUUUGCCAAAUGGUAAAACCAUAGAAAAUUGGUAAUACUUUGAUCUGUGCUAUUUGAGACUGAAAUGUGCUGCACAUUCUGUAAUUAAUAUAUGUAUAUCAUUGAUUAGAUCGAAAUAUGCAAUAGAAGUCAAUAAUUAAUGCGAAAAAGAUAAAAUGAACAAACACAAUGUAAAAAUCAGUUUAUUAUGAUAAUUUUCUACUUAGAGGGUAAAAAUAAUGAUAAUUGAUUUAUUUUGUACUAAUUCAUGACACACACAUACACACACACACACACAGAGAUAUAUCAAGUGCAUAGUGUAUAGUAGAAUAAUAUAAAGUCACUUUCUUAAUUUUAAAAGAUUUGAAAUGUGUAGCAGAUUUUUAUGGUUGGCAAUUAUCUGAUAAUUUUUAUUUUUAUUUGGCUUCUGUAUUUCACCUAUAUAUCAUAUACCUAUUAUAUAAUAUAUACAUACAUAAAAAUAUAAAAUAAUCACACUAUUACAUAGUAAAUUUUAUAAUUUUAUAGUAAUCUACAUAAUAGAAUUUUCUUGUAAUACUCACUCUCUUUUUUCUCUUUAUAUUGUUCAAUAAUUUUAUUAUUCUACACUAUAAAAUAUAUUUUAGUGUGUGCUUGAAAGAGAAUGAUUAUACAUAGUUGUUUACAUGAUUGUGUGGUUUUAUAAUUACAAUAAGAUGGGAACAUGACUAAGCAGCCAUGAAAUAACUAGUUGGGUACAAAACUGAAAAUAUUAAUUUAUUAUAAACAAUAUCAGUAUUAUACAUAUACUGCAUAUUUACUUGGUAACAGUUUUAUUACUGAUACAUCUGUAAACACUUGGAAAUAUUUACUAUAUAAAUAGUUAUGGCUCUUAGCAAUUUUGUAUUUUUCAGAUUACAUAUAUAAUUGUCAUGCUAUAAACUACUUGAUUUUAAUUUAGAUCAAAGCACAGUAAACACAACUUAUUAAAAAUUCUAUAAGGUUUUACUACUAUUUUUUUAUUAAAAAAUCGUGAUUUAAACUUUAAUUUUUGAACUGCCUGAAGAAAGUAUAAAUUCUAUGUGAUGAUUUAUAUUAGUAUAUAGAUAAAUAUAUAUAUAUAUAUAUUAUAAAUCAUUAUUAUUGUUAAAUAUUGUUGAACAUUUUCCUUAGAAACUAACGUUUUUGUUUGUUUCUGUUUUAUUAAUUAAUUAAAAAUUCGGUUGUACACCAAUAGAAUAUUAGUUUAAAAAUGAAUGAAUCAAUGACUUUGAAUUAACAAUUAUAUUUCUAAUAUUACUUUUUACUAGUUGUACAUUAUUUAAUGAAAUGAUGUUGCUCAAUCUUGUAAUAAAUAAGGUGAUAGGGGUAUACACAAAUAUACACUGUCUUUAGAAAAAUUUUGAGCUCCUUGUAUGUAUUGAAAUAUUGGUGCAAUGUUUCUAAUGUCUUGAUAUUAUUGUAGAAAUCAGAUAAUGGAUAAUAUUUUAGAAAAAAUAAUUAAAGAAAGGUCUAUUAUGUCCUUGAAAAGUAAAUAAAAUGUUUCGCAGAAUAAAUUCAAAUGUUUAAUUAAAAUAAUAUAAACCUUGAACAAAAGAUUUCAGUUAUAUAUGUGUAGUGUUGCUUAAUCAGCAAUACCUUUCACAUUCAACUAAUUGUGAAAUUAGUUUAUUGUACUUAAGAUGACUCUAUUCAUCUAUAUAACUAAAAGCGUAUUUUAAUAUUUUCACAUAAGCUGUUGUCAAAAAAAUAUAUUGUACAAACAAUCGUCAAUUUGAAUUCUAAUUUUUCAUAUUGUUAAAUAUACAAUAGUAAAUGAGAACACAAUAAUGUUAAGUACUUUUUUACAUGUAAUAAAAGAAACUAAAUUA